UGAAGAUCGCGGAGUUUCAACGAAAGCUGAGCCUCGGACCGGUCGGCUGCCUCGCUGCUCGGUUGGCUGCUCCUCACAUCAGCGCGCAGCCGCCCGCCCGGGAGUCACACGGCCCAGCCUCGCGUCUGCUUUGCGGCCACCCGCACUGGACUCGCCCGCGCCACUCCACCCCCCACCGCUUGUGAUGGUUCGCCGCUCGGGUGAUGCCCAUUCCCGCCGGAGAUAGGAAGCUCCGCUCGGAACUUGUGUGAAACUUCUCGAGAGCCAUUCAGGUCGUCUUCGCGUGAUGGCUUUUUUGGUGCCGCUCGCGCUCUUCGCGUGGACCUGCUGCGCGCGCCUCGGAUACUGCGCCCUGCUCCCCGCCGAGGGGGAUUUUACGCGCGCGGUGGAGCGGAGGCACCCGGUGGCGGCUUCCCCGAUUGCUCCCGUCGUGGUAGCGGGGAGCCCGGGUGGGCUGUCCCAGGACACGGUGACCGAGCACAUGCACAUGCUGUACGACAAGUACAACAAGGCGGGAUUCCCCUUCAAGGACGGGAACACGGUGCGCAGCUUCAAGGCGCACUGGGGCGUGAUCAACAAGAAGCAGCUUCAGAUCUUCAACCUGACGUCACUCACUAAGUCCGAAGACGUCCUCUCCGCCGCGUUGCACUACUACAUCGGGGACCUCCGCAACGGCAGCGGGUCCUGCACUCGACCCCGAGGCUGCGUCCUUCACGGCCCCCACAGGCGCAGCCACGUCCAGGCCGUCAUCUGGAGCUUCGCCCCCGAGGUCGACCGGAUGAGGACUUUGGGCCAGUUCCGCAUCAACGUGUCCAAGCACGACCGGGACUUUAUCUCCUGGCAGUGGAAGGACAUCACCCGGGUGGUCAACCAGGCCAAGGCGCACCAGCAGCUCCUCAUCGGCAUCGAGGUGGCCUCGGGGGGACCCCGGCCCUGGAAGGAACUCCUGGCUGACCGCUCCCCUUACAUCCUGGUGUACGCCAACGACUCUGCGAUCUCGGAGCCCGAGAGCGUGGUGGCGACCCUCAGGAGGAACCCCUCGGCAGGGGACCCGAAGGCGGGGCAACGUGAGCGCAACGCGACGGAACCGCAGCGGAGCUCUUCCAGAUCCAAGCGCUCUGUCAACGUCCCGCUCCCCCUGCAGAACAACGAGCUGCCCGGACCCGAGUACCCCUACGAGACCACCGGUUGGGACGAGUCCAGUCCCUACGAGCCCUUCCGGAGCAAGCAGGCCCGCCGGCCACUUCGGAAAAAGAGCCGCAAGAACCCGAGGCACAAGAUGCCUCUGCUGCAGUUUGAUGAGCAUACCAUCAAGAAGGCCCGGAAGAAGCAGUGGAACGAGCCCCGCAACUGCGCACGGCGCUACCUCAAAGUGGACUUUGCCGACAUCGGCUGGAGCGAGUGGAUUAUUUCGCCAAAGUCUUUUGACGCCUACUACUGUGCCGGAUCCUGCCAGUUCCCCAUGCCAAAGGCCCUGAAGCCUUCCAACCACGCCACGAUCCAGAGCAUCGUGCGGGCGGUGGGCGUGGUGCCCGGCAUCCCGGAGCCGUGCUGCGUCCCAGAGAAGAUGUCCUCCCUCAGCAUCCUCUUCUUCGACGAGGACAAAAACGUGGUGCUCAAAGUCUACCCCAACAUGACGGUGGAUUCGUGCGCGUGCCGAUAGUUCCCUUGGCGCACCGCCCCUUCUUUCCUCCGUCACCACGGAAGCAAAUCCCGGAAAGAUUCUUUCCUCUCCCAUUUCUUUUUGAAAUGCCUCACGUCAACAAAGGACCCGACUGACUGGGCACUGCAAGGUGGUGCGUCAUGUGGUUCCGGGUGAUCGGGGGUGUGGCGGCAGGAAGCGACGGCGUCUCAAGGAAGGCGGCCGCAGAAUGGAGGAACACUGAAGGAUGAAUCCUCUUCCCAAACUUUUAAAAACCACAAGCCCCUUUUGAUUAUGCAACGGCGAUCCAAAUGGUGGAUUCCUUUUCUUUUUUUUUUUUUAAUACUCAUCCAUGCACCACCAUAAUUGAACGCACCACCACCCCCCUUAAAAAAACAACCAAAAAAAAAAAGUUUUACCCACUGAAACAAACUUAACCAGGCAGGUUAUCAGCUUUUUUCGUAACCUGCUAAAGCAUCGCACCCUCGCCAACAUCAUCAGCCCCCCCCCCCCCCGCCUGAUUUUUUUCACAAAAUAAGACAUCCUCGGGUUGUUUUGAAAGCUCCACACCAAAACAGCUAUUUAUGCAGACCAAACAUUUCCCGUGCGCGCUCUCUCGUACAUGUUGGUGUACAUACUGCAGCUUUUGUUGACAAGUGCCUUUUGUUUCCUCAUCCGAUUGUGAUGAAAAGCUUUUAUUGUGGAAUGUGUUCAAAAUAUAUAUUUCAAAUAAUUUUAAUCCUUCAGAGACCUUUAUUUUGUGUUUUUUGUUUUGGGGAGUGGGGGAGGGGGGGAUAACUUUUAUAUAUUUUGUAUGUUUUGUUAGCGAUGCAUGCCGAAGACUCACUGUGGCCUUUUCUUUUUGUGUCAAUGUUAAGAAAACGCUUGUACGAUAAGCUUGCUGGAGUAUAUUUGUACAUGGAAACGUCUCGAAGCUAUUUAUUGUUGUCGAUCUGGUGGAGGGGGUGUGGCCCUGGGAUGAGGGAGGCGGGGUCUUUCCACAUGACGGACAUUCGACCUUUGGCCUCUCAGCCCGGGCAACGCCGAAAACUCGCAUAAGUAUUCGAAGUCAUGAAUAAAAGGAUGCCAAAGUCAAA